CAAUGAGAAUCGACCCCAGCCUAGGUUUAGCACAAGAGUUUCGUGUAAUAUUUAGUAGUCUGCCACGUGUUUAGAUUACGUGUUAAACCACAAUGCUGCAUAUAUGGUUCUUGGUGCCACGUGUUAAUAGACUUGAACUUGUUUAAAUUGUAUCUUUGCAAGAGUUGAAGUAAAAACAAAAGUUAUGUCUUUGAUCUCUGCAAAUCUUAUGCGAGGCACUCUCUUUUUAUGUUCAUCAUUCAAGUCUAAGCCAUGGUCUACACGGUUAAUCACUGCGGCGAAAUCGGUUUCGUGUACUUCUAAGCCGAUUAGAGGGUUAACCAACUCUACUACUGGAGUCUAUUUCGUUAGCCAAACCGGUCCACCGAAAAUCCAAUUCCCUGGUGGGUCUCCUUCAGAGGAAGAGUUACCUUCAUGGCCAAGUAGAGGACCAGAGUGGGCUCCAUUAGAAGUCCCGGAGCUUCCUAAUAUACCGGAGAUAAAUCCGUCGGAAACUCCACCAGAAAUUACGACGGUUCCAAGUGAUCCACCACCGCUUGGACCGCCACAGACUCCUGGCCCCGAGUUUCCGGUUCCACCAUCUCCGUCUCCACCGAUGCCAGAUACUCCAAAUCCUCCUACGCCAAAAACUCCCCCUGAUGUGAUACCUCCGAUUUGGGAACCACCUCGACCACCGGAUAUCUUCCCACCGGAGAGUCCACCACCGGGAAUCGACCUGCCACCGCCGUUAGGCCCUACCAUCAUGUAGCAAAACUCAUUUUACAGUUUUUAGCUUACAGUUUUAUGUUUCCAUCAUUCCAUGGAAGAGAGAUAGUUAAACCCAACACACAGAUGUUUUUCAUU